GGGAAGUGAAGUUUACGCGUGUUGUUGUGCGUCCGUGGACCAAACAGCAGCAGCACCGGCAGUGGAGGUGGUGCGCUUUUUUUCCUCCUCCAGACCCGAAGGCAUCCCGGGGAAAAGACGCACCGUGCAUGCCUCGGACAGCAGGAGGAGGAGGAUACUGCAGAUCCUUUUCUUGUUCUUUAUCAUUUUGACUGAUUGAGACUUAGGUAUUUGUCAUUUCCCUAAUGGUAACCAACACUGAGCAGCCGGAGACAUGUGGAAGAAUCUGGGGAAACUGCACCGCUUCUCAAUAGUGUGUCUUCUCCUGACGCUGUGGGCUGAGGUGUCUCAGUCCACCGGAUACUUCGAGCUGCAGCUGAUUUCAGUGGAAAACCCCAAAGGUCAGCUCCUGAACGGAGACUGCUGCGACGCGGAAAAGAGCGCGGCGGAGGGCCAGUGCGGCGCGGACGAAUGCGACACCUACUUCAGAGUGUGUUUAAAGGAAUACCAAACGGAGGUCACGACCAAUGGACCGUGCACGUACGGCUCGGAAACUACUAAGGUUAUCGGUGGGAAUACUUUUCAGUUCAAAGGCGGCCAGAAAACCGGACAGAACCGAAACAGCGAAACCGGGAAGAUCAUCAUCCCGUUCCAGUUCGCAUGGCCGAGAGCGUACACGGUGAUAGUGGAGGCGUGGGACAGGGACAACGGCACACACAGCAACGAUGAAGAGCUGCUGAUCGAGCGCAGCAUCCACAAAGGGAUGAUAAACCCCGGUGAGGAGAAGCAGACGGUGGAGUAUAAAAGCUUAAUCGCCAGCUUCGAGUACACCAUUCGCGUCCGCUGUGACGAGCAUUACUACGGCACCAAGUGCAACAAGGUCUGCCGGCCCCGAGACGACUACUUCGGUCACUAUGUGUGCGACCAGUUUGGAAACCGAGGCUGCAUGGAAGGUUGGACCGGACAUGACUGCAAGACAGCGAUCUGCAAGCAGGGAUGUAGCCUCCUGCAUGGGAACUGCGACGUGCCAGGGGAAUGCAAGUGUAGUUAUGGCUGGCAGGGUCCGCUGUGUGAUGAGUGUUUGCCAUAUCCUGGAUGUGUUCACGGCACCUGCACCGAGCCCUGGAAGUGCGACUGUGAGAAGAACUGGGGAGGUCUGCUCUGUAACAAAGAUCUCAACUACUGUGGGACGAACAAACCCUGUAAGAACGGAGGGACCUGCAUGAACACAGAACCAGACGAGUACGACUGCGCCUGCCCGGACGGAUACUCUGGGAAGAACUGUGAGAUCGCUGAACACGCCUGUGCAUCCAACCCCUGUGCCAACGGAGGGACAUGCCACGAAGUCCCAUCAGGCUUUGAGUGUCACUGUCCUGCAGGCUGGUCCGGGCCGACCUGUGCUAAAGACACAGAUGAAUGUGCCUCCAGCCCCUGUGCUCAGGGUGGAACCUGCAUCGACAUGGAGAACGGCUUCGAAUGCCUCUGUCCUCCCCAGUGGACCGGCAAGACCUGCCAGAUCGACGUUAAUGAGUGUGCGGGGAAGCCUUGCAUCAAUGCUUACUCUUGCAAAAACUUGAUUGGUGGAUAUCACUGUGCCUGCUUUCGUGGAUGGGUGGGCCAGAACUGUGACAUCAACGUGAACAGCUGUCAUGGACAGUGUCAGAACGGAGGCACCUGCAAGGAGGUGGCCAGAGGCUACCAGUGUGUUUGCCAGGCAGGAUUUAUGGGGCGACAUUGUGAAGUUCAGAGGAACCGCUGUGCCAGCGGUCCAUGUAAGAACGGCGGCCGCUGCCAUGCCCUUUUGGACGCCUUCGUAUGUGAAUGCCCACAGGGCUUCUCAGGCACAACCUGUGAGGUACAAAAUGAUCUUUGCAGCCCAAACCCUUGUCACAAUAAGGCUCAGUGCCACAGUGUCAUGGGCGACUUUUACUGCAGCUGCCCAGACGACUACGAGGGCAAGACCUGUUCAGAGCUCAAGGACCACUGCAAAACCAACCAGUGUAAAGUGAUUGACAGUUGUACAGUUGCUGUGGCAACCAACGACUCCCAAAAGGGGGUGUGGCACAUCUCAUCCAAUGUGUGCGGACCCCAUGGCCGCUGCAUCAGCCUUCCUGCCGGGAACUUCAGCUGCUCCUGUGAGCCGGGAUUCACUGGCACCUACUGCCACGAGAACAUUAAUGACUGUGCGUCAUCGCCUUGUAAGAAUGGAGGCACUUGCAUUGAUGGGAUCAACUCUUUCCAUUGUUUCUGCCCAGAUGGGUGGGAGGGCAGUUUAUGUGAUGUUGAUGUGAAUGAGUGCAGCAGAAACCCCUGUCUGAACGGAGGCCAGUGUGUAGAUCUGUUCAACGACUUCUACUGCAACUGUGUGGACAACUGGAAGGGAAAGACCUGCCACUCGCGUGAGAGCCAGUGCGACUCCAGUACCUGCAGUAAUGGCGGGACGUGUUACGACCACGGAGACUCCUUCCUGUGCAGUUGCCCCUCAGGCUGGGGUGGCAGCACCUGUAACACAGCAAAAAACAGUACAUGUGACUCGGGUCCGUGUGAAAAUGGAGGAACGUGUGUUGGAGGAGGAGACGCCUUCAAAUGCAUCUGUAAAGAUGGCUGGGAAGGACCGACGUGUACACAGGAUGUUGAUGACUGUAAUCCACAUCCAUGCUACAACGGCGGGAUCUGCGUGGACGGCGUGAACUGGUUUCGCUGUGAAUGCGCCCCAGGGUUUGCCGGACCGGACUGUCGCAUCAACAUAGACGAGUGCCAGUCGUCUCCUUGUGCUGAAGGUUCCACUUGUAUGGAUGAAAUCAACGGCUACCGCUGCGUCUGUCCUCCAGGAUACACUGGGCCUCGCUGUCAAGAGUUUAUUGGACUCGGGAAAUCAUGUCAUCACGCAGGUUUGCAGUUUCCUCACGGCAGUCGGUGGGAGGAGGAGUGUAACGCCUGCCAGUGUGUCAACGGAUACGUUCGCUGUUCCAAGGUGAGGUGCGGCCGCCGGCCGUGUCUUCUGCCCAAAGCGCUUCCUCCCUCGGACACCGACACUCCGUCGUGUCCCGGAGGUCACGAGUGUGUGGAGCACCAGUUCCUCACCUGUUUCUCACCCCCUUGCCACCAGUGGGGGGUGUGUUCAACGCCGGACCCGCCCACGCCACUGCAAACCCAGUGUGAGCCCAACAGCGGUUACCUUGACAACAGCUGCGCCCGCAUCACGCUCAUCUUCAAGAAAGACAAAGUGCCACAGGGCACCACCGUGGAGAACAUCUGCUCUGAGCUCAGGUACCUCCCUGUGACUCAGACAUUGGCUGAUGAGCGGGCGCUGCUCAUCCUCUGCGACCUGUCCUACUCCAACAGCGAUGCCGUGGAGGUUGCCAUGUCCUUUGAGGAGGACGGACGGCCGAAGGACGGUAACCAUGGUCAGAUCCAGGAGGCGGCCAAAGCCAUCAUUAACGCUCUAUCCAAACGUCACAACAGCACCAUCAUGUUAUCGGUGGUGGAGGUCAAAGUGGAGAUGCCGGUGGAGCCUCCGCCUGUCGGUUACCUGGUCCCGGUCUUGUGCGUGGUCUUCAGCGUCCUCUGGAUCUUCUGCAUCGUCGUUUGCGUUUGGUGGACGCGCAAGAGGAAGAAAGAGCGUGAAAGAGCGUCCCGACCCGAGGACACGACGGUCAACAACCAGCUGGAGCCACUGCGGAGCAACGCCCCCAAAGACAACCGCGACAAAGACAUUCAGUAUGAAUGCAAGAAACUGAUGGGCCCCUCGGACAGGACAUGCGACGGGGCCGAGGGCGAGGAGGACGGGGAGCAGGAGAGGGAGCAGGAGGAUGACGAGGAGAGGGCGCUGAGCGUGGGCGGCGACAAGUGCCCGCCCCUUAAGUGCUCCAUAACGGGGAUGCAGGACAAGGGGAUGAUGGGUAAGGGAGGGGUGAUCUGCACGACACGCAGCGGUCCGGUCAAGGCGCCGCACCGGACGUACAGCCCCAAAGACAACCGGUGUAAAAACCUGAACGCCGCCAAGCUCAGCGAAGACCAUUAUGUAUGAACACGACAGGAGGAAAAAAAAAACUGCAAUGUCUUCAAUGUCUGCGACUUUUAAUGCACCAAAAGUGAAGAUUACAAAUGCUUUAAUUUUCUAUUUUUAUCGGUCACAUCUUAUUUAACUUCUUCGUCUGCAGCACAGAGGCUUAUUUUUACCAAAAACAACAAAAAAAAAUGCAGAAAAGAAACAAAAAAAAAAAGACACGGAAAAUAAACAUCAGAGCUUCUGGAUUUCAGUUUUAAUCGUCACAGGGAUUUCCUUUUUACACUGAUCCUGAUUUUUCUGUUUUUUUGGUUGUUUUUUUUUUUUUUUUGUCUGUUUACAAACUGGUUCCACUUUGCCUCGUCAGAACUAACUCGGAGAUUAAACUGAACGUCAUCGGCUGGCAGCUGUUAACGUCAUUUCUACUGUUUGGUGCAUUCGGUUUCCUGUCUGCCUUAGCCCGAACUAUGGGCCUUUUCUACACUUCAUGUCUUUUUAUUUAAAGAAAAAAAAUAUUUGCAAAAAAAAAAAAAAAAAAAAAACUACAACAGCUUUAUACACAUUUCAGUAUGUCUUUUAGAAAGCUGG